GGGUGGCGAAGGGUAUUUCGUGAACGACGUCUCGGGAGGAACGACGAAACGUCGUCGUCGUCGUCGUCGUCGUCGCCGUCGCUCCUUGAUCGUCGUUCAGGUAGGCGGAUAGAGGAAGAGGAGACUGGAGGUGGAUUAGUGCCGGACCUCCGUGUGCGGCCGCGGCGUCUCUCCGGAGGUGGGGAUGGAGCCGGAGCAACGAGGACGCACUUCGCGGGCGUCGUCGACGUCGAGCCUCGGACGCGAGGUCCGUUGCGGGUGUCAGUAUUACCAGAGCGACUCGCUUCUGCCGGAACGACGUGCUCUCCUCGUCAGACCGUCAUCCAGAACGAUGCAGCAGCCACCUGCGGUCCGCUGCAGCGAGCACGACUACGAACCGAUCGCGCCGCCGCCGCCGCCGCCGCCGCCGUCGCUGCCGCAUCCGGCGAUGGCACCGGUCGUGCGAAUCACCGACACGGACGUGAUGCCCGUCGCCGACAGCGACGACAGCAUCGACGACCGGGGCCGGUUGCCGCCGGAGUUGACCAGGGACGGCGACGUGAUCCUGCCGCUGGAUGGCAAAAUCGAGGACAGCGCGAUGGAGGGCCGCGAGCUCGGCGAAACCGGCGGUGACACCUCCGCCGAGGAGCUGGAACCCACGGCACAGCAGUUUCAGGACAGGCUUGAGGAGCGGUUCCUCACACCUACUCCCUACACCGAGUCGAGAACCGACGGCGAGAUUAACACUAGUCAGGUAGACUCGUCGGCGAUAGAGGAGCUGCCGCGUCAACGCGGCACUCGCGGCCUACCUCAACGCCUGAAGACACAAGCUGGUAAGCUACGCUCUCGGCUCCGUGGUAUCCAGCGGCCCAUGUUCUCGUUCCCGCAGAAACGGCAGAAGCCCGAAAAAGCAACGACGACAACGACGACGACGACAACGACCAUAGUGAGAUCGGCGGCGGCGAGUAGCGGCAAGUCGGACAAGUCUCGCAAGCCCGUAGAGAAGCGACCCAGCAGAAUCGACCGGAUAAAAACAUCCAUCUCCGAGAAGACGGGGAAAUUCAGUCUGCCCGACAGGUCCAAGUUUCACCUACCGGAGAGACCGAAGUUCAAUUUCCCGGACAAGUCGCGCUUCCACUUGCCGGACAAGUCGAAGUUCACCAUCAAGAAGCCUAACAUCCGCCUGCCCGAGGCACUCGCUCGCAUUAAGCGGCCGCCUCCCCUGCGCGAGCAACAGCAGCAGCAUUCGACAGAGUCCACCGCCGGCUCCAAGCGCAAUAUCUUCGACUUCGCCACAUAUCCGCGCAUCUUCGACAAGAAGUCCAAGAAACGCGGCGAGUACGCGACGUCCUCGCCCAAGGAUUCCAGGGCCCAGUCGGCGGAGAGCGCGACCUAUCCUCGCGCGCGGAAGGCAAAAUCCUUCGGCGCCAGGUGGGCGCAACGUUUUGGAGACUCGGCUUACGUUCAGGACCAAGAUCGUCCGGAGGAAGCGGCGGGGAGCGACGGCUCUCCUCCGUUGCGUCAGAGUUCGAUGGAGGAACCGCCGAGAUUGUCCGCGAGAACGGAGGAGGAGAUAUUGGCGGCGGCUCGCGCGAUUCCGUGGGAGGAUACGAGAAAGCGAGAACAAUAUGAUGAAGAGGAGAUACAGUACAUGGAUUACGAGCAAGAAUCGUCAGAGAUGUCGGAACGGCAUCCCGCUCCCCCGAAGAGAUCGCACAAGUCGCGAAGGCGGGAAGAAUCGUACGAACACGCGGAAGUGAUAGGGAUGCAUCCGAAAUUAUAUGACGAUCAGGAAAUCGAACACGUUCAUCGAGAUGACGAUGAAGAGAACGAGGACAUGGCGGUACAAGAUGAUUGGCAUGCGAAUCAACAGAUGAUGUACAAGGAGAAAUUCAAACCGAUCCCGAGGUCGCGAUCGUUGGACGAGGACAUGCCGCGAGUUCUGGAGCAAGAAAGAUACGACGGGGCGUUCAUGGCGGUGGAUCCGAGGCGAUUUAGACCGCGCAAGGCGUCCGAAGAGGAGGAAGGUGAAGAGGAGCACGAGCCUUCCUCGAUACAAUCGGAUCGGGAGCAGCAAGCGUCCAGCGGCAGUUCAUGCGAUCGAAGGCGUCGCGGAGUGAUAGAGGAGAUCGACUCGGACGAGUUCUUCCUGCGGGAGAGCGGUAUCAGCCAGGACGACAUGAAUCUGGGCAAUUACUUGACCGAUGAGAUCCGAAAUGCUCUCAUAUCAGAGGUCAUCAACGCGUUGCAGGACGACGAGCUACCACCUACUCCGCCUCAACGUCCUGCGAGAACGCGGACUUUGCGGAAGCACAAGGAGGGUUUAGUGGAGUCCAACGAGGCGAUACCACCGGUCAGACCGAAACGGGAACGAUCGGCGGCGGCGCGACGCAGUCGAGAGGCGUCGACCGAAAUGUUCCGCGAGCGCACCAGGAGCGAUUCCAGAAGCGACUCUAGACAUCGCGUGGUGUACCAGGCGGAGGGAGAUCAACCGGAACCACUGCAGGAGCCGUUGGACGACAUUGUCGUGGUGAAACCGGUGCGCAGAAAGUCGAGGUCGUCCUUGCGCAGUCACUCGCAGCCGCCGAUGGAAACAUCGAUACUCGCCCCACCGACACCCGUUACUGCUGUACCCGACUCGUCCGCCGCUCUUUCGUCCAUGCCACCGGUCGUACCGAUACGCAGAAAACGUUCGCAUCGGGAAGCGGUGAUGGACCGAAGAAACGGUGACGUGGGCGCAACACCGAUUUGCAACGGUCAUCACGACGAGUGGGAGAUCGAGAUCAUCGAGUCCAGAAAGCCGAUAAUUCCGGCGAAAUCGUCGCGAUCGCGGCAAUCGGCAGCCGAGCGAUUCGCCAACGGUGACGUCGUCAUGUCUGCGAGUCACGAGGACAUCGAGAAUUUGGAUGCGCGUCUUGGACGGGAAGACGUCGCGCCGGAGCCGGUACCGAUACCGCCGAAAAGACGAUCCCGCUCGAGGACAUCGGUCGCCGGCGAUGAGGACAGGACGUCGCAUGGCGCGGAAUCUCUGCCGGAGGCCGACUACGUCGAGGAGGACAUACCGCGGGAGGAGGAGAACGGUUCGUCGCGCGAUGUCUCGGGUUACGCGAUCGUGGAGAAGCGGGAGAAGCCGCCUAGACCGCCGCCACCCAGAAGAAAACGCGGCAAGUUCGCCACGAUGCCGAAACCGACCCCGCCUAAACGACCUCAACGAGCGUACAGCACUCUGGGGCCCACUAGAACGGGAGACACUAGCAUGACGUCGGAGACGAUCAUCAGCGCGAGUCUAGUACCGUCCGAAUCCGCGCCGUACAUCGAGGUCGGCGCGGAUGAAGUUGAACAUCGGGAUCUUCGCAGCGGCAAAUUGCUCAACAGGAUCCAAGGUCGUCCACUUCCGGCACCGCCGCGACCACCCAGGGCGAGGAAAGACCGCGCGAUAGUCGGACGACCUCGCACCCCGUUCGAAUACGCGGAGACAAAUGAGGCAACAACGGCGACGCAGACCGAUCCAUUGCCGGACGAUAUGGUGAUCGAGGAGAUAACCCAGGCAAAACUCAUAAUGACUCCUUCCAGAUCGGGCUCGCAAAUAAUGGUAUCGAUGGAGCGUAUCCCCAGUCCAAGUAGAACGGCCACACCUCCCGUACCUCCGCUACCGAUGCCACAAUUUCUACGAAAAGAGGAAAAAAAAGAGGAGGAAGAAGAUGAAGAAGAAGAAGAAGAAGAGCAGCUCCCAGGAGAAGAGGACAUCCGAAUGGCGUACGACACGGUGUCGCUAACGUCACCGUCACCCACGAGAGAGAUCGACUUGAAGAACAAGCACAGAUCGGCGCCACAUCUGGAGGAACGCAUCACGGAAGAAUCGCAAUCGCGGCCACAAGUCAAGUCGAGUCUGCUGUCCGACGAGCCGUUGAGAAUCAGCAGUCUCGAGGUCGGAGAUUUAAAGGUCGAUCGACUGAGCGUGUCGCAGAUAGAAGCUCACAAGAUCGUCGCGUCCGAAGUGGACGCGAUGAUGAUCACGGCGUCGGAAUUGAGAGGCGGCGGUUCCAUGGAGGAGAGUUUGUCGCCUGCCAUCAUCAGAGAGCUGAUGGCGAUCAGGAGCCACUUGGAGACCGUGGUGACUACCCAGGCGCAAGAGAGACAUCGUGAGAGCGAGAAGGAGUCCGCGAGCCACAAGAUAACCGACAUUCCCACCACGGAUGAUAGUCCAGUUCAGGAGCGGCAACCUGCUUCGCAGGACGUUCCACCGGAAACGGCGAAGCCCAGUGAGACUGUCGUGAACGAACCAGCGUCCACGGAAGAGAAGGCCGAGGCUGGCGAGGACCAAAAGGUUGUUAAAACAAACGUAGUAGAUGUCAGGGACAAAGAGAUAUCACAUCCCCUCUUAGUUGCUCAAACCAAAGAAUUCCCACCCCCACAGACACUUACGAUAGAUACAUUAGAGACCAAGGGUAAAGACGAAUCCACCACACACUUGCUCACGGUCGCUCAAGAUAAGUCCUUACGAAUUUUAGAUUCCGAACACCCCCUAACUUUGAGUUCACGAACCACGUCGGGCUCCCACGUGGAUGAAUCUCGUGCUUCAUAUCCUCCGUCGGAUGCGCCCUCAGCCCGGCCCUCCGAAUCGAGAGAGUCGCCGGAGCGCGUCGGCGAAUCUCCAAGUAUCUCUGUCCAGACUACUACUACUACUAUUACUACUUCUACUACUAUUACUACUACUGCUACUGCUACUGCUACUGCUACCACCGAGCUGAGCGCAACGUCUACAGGUCUUCGUGGCAGCAAAGACGAUGUGUCCGAUAGUAAAGAACAAACCCCUCGCACUUCAAGAUCUAGAUCCCCCUCGCCUAGCAAAAGUAUGCGGCAAACCGCGUCUCCGGUCCGUUCAUUGCCACCAGCCAUCUCCGUGACUCCCGAUAUGCCCGAUUCAAGCCCUGUAUCAGGACACGGUGGUACCUCGGCGGAAGCUAAGCCGCAACGUGCCGUCAUUUCCUAUUCUUCGGACGCGAGACACGAUGUCUCUAAAGACGGUCAGCCCAAGCGUGCUGUUAUUUCGCACUCUUCCGACGAGAGAGAAAGCUCCCUUACGGAAAAGCAACGGGAGUCCUCUCAAUCGCCAGUAUCCUCCUUUCCCCUAAGCUCGACUCACUUCAUCGCCUUUCCAGCUUCCGAAAUUCCGGCUCAAUUCUUUUCUCUGAGAAGUGAAACGCCAACGAGUCAACGCUCCGAUACGGAACCCGGUGUUAUAGACACUACGCAGCAGCUUCUUCGAGCACUUCGUUCGACCGGUAUAAGAGCCAUGAGGUGUCUCAUAAGGUAUCUAACGUCCACGUUAAGUGUGGAUGACACGAGAGAGAAGGUCAGAGAAGUGGAAUUAGCGAUAUGCGCCCUGUUACUUCUGAUCGUAGGCUUGUUGAUAUAUUAUUUUAGUAACACGCGGAUUGUAACACAUCAUCAUCAUUGGGAUUACUUCAAUCCCCCUCAAUAGCACCUUCGCAAUCCAUUUCGCCUACAUCGUGUACACAAAUUCGUAAAUAAUUCAUUGGUUCGUAGAAAUUAAAAUUUCGUACCUGUAAUUGUAUAAAUCUGUUUUGUACGAUUUUGUCUCGAAAAAAAAAAAUACCGACUAGAACACGACAAAGUAAGGAGAAUUCGAAUGGAAUUAGAGUUCUUGUACACAUAUUAGAAUAAAACGAAGUGCCAGGUUUGUAAGAAA